AUGUAUUAUUUUCUAAGUUCAAGUGAAUCAUUUUUUGGCAUCGCUUGCAUAGUUCGAAGAAAAGUAGGAAAAGGAAGUAAUAUACCCCUAGUAAAACUAAAAGUACUAAGCAGGAUUUGUAGCUUACUGACCAGUUCUUUCAGCUUUUAUGGGAAAAUGGAUUGCUGGCAUUUCAUAGAAACAACGUCGUCAGGUCAACCUAUCCUUCGAGAAAAUGAAAAGGACAUCCUUAUCGAUCAGAUGGUAGGUCUCUACCAUAAUAAAUCCAAGAUACUGGAUCGCCAAAAAGGUCGGAUUUUUUUAACAUCUCAAAGGAUCAUAUAUGUGGAUAACUUAAAGCCUACCAAGAAUUCCGUUUACGUGGAGUUAGAUGAUAUUGAAUCUCUGCAAUAUUCAUCGAGGUUUUUGAAAAGAUCUGCUCGGUUAAUCCUGUUCCUCAAGACUGCUGAUGCUCGUGAUCUUGGCUACAAUCACAAAAAAGACGAAGAUAAAGGUAUCACAAGUUGGGUUUGUCCCAUUUGUAUGGUUACGAACGAAAGUGAAGGUAGUAUAACUGCUGAUACUAAAGAACCACCUAUAUGCCUAAACUGUGGAGUUCCCGCUGAUUAUGAAUUGAUAAAAAAUUCUAUUAGUUUUACAGGCGAAGCACUAGAGGAAAGGGACCCCAAUCAUAGUCAAAUACCAACCAGUACGAAUGAACAAGAUGGGAAUGUUUGCCCUGCUUGUACAUUCAUUAAUCAUCCAUUGAUAAGUAACUGUGAAAUAUGUGGUACAAGAUUGUCAAAUGUUAAAAUACGAAAGAAAGAUCUUAAAUUCAAAGAUUCAAGAGUUCAAUUAGAAUUGGAGAAUCCUGUUUCGGCAUCUACCAAUCAUUCUAUGAAAUUUUUCAUUCAAUUAAGUUUUCGAAAAUCAGAUGGUUUGCUGUUCGCACAAGCUACUGAAAAGACGUUAGAAGAUUUGAAAAAAGCAAACUCUUCGCAUAUAUUCAAUAAGAAUUUGGUCUCCAUCAACGGUAUAGAUGUAAACAACAAUUUACCUGAUGAGAUGCCGGUUUUAGAAACGCAGUUAAGCAAAAUUGGAAUUGCAAGUUUGGAGAAAUCAAGAGAAACGCAAUUAUUAAAAAAUGAUAUAUUGUUCAACAGUGCAUUGACAGAUCUCAACAACUUAAUGUCUUUGGUAGAUGAAAUCGAAACUUUAUUCAAUGGGCAUCGUAAGAAACUAGUAGGGGAAGGAAAAGAGUUGCAGAAACCGCUUUUGAUACUCGACAGAGAAAAGUUUUAUAAUAAAUCUCUCUUUCUUGAUGAAAUUGCUCGUGAAAUAUAUGAGUUUGCUAUUUCUGAAUUUAAAGAGAGUAAAGAAAGAGUAGGCUACGUCAUGAUACCUUUGGUCGAUCUAUAUGCGAUGUAUAAUAAAUCAAUGCGAAUAGGAACGGGUCUCAUCUCACCCGAAGAAAUGAAGGAAGCUUGUGAAAGGUUUGAACAAUUAAAUCUUUUCGAGUUGAAACUAACUCGAAUCAACAAGAGAAUUUUAUGCAUUGCAUCCAAAGAUUCCUUCGAAUUUUUAAAGAGCAGAAUAAUUGAUUUGGCACAGACUUUCAACGGUUGUGAUUUACUGUUGCUAACUAAGAAGCUAAACGAAGAGACAUCAAGUUCGUGGACUAUCGGAAUUCUGAUGGAAAUUCUGAAAAACUGUGUUGAUGAGGGAUAUUUAGUUAUUGACGAACAGAUAAGUGGUAUCUAUUACUACAAAAAUAGCUUUUGGAGUAUUCCAGAAUGA